CAAAAAGCCAAGCUCUAUUUGAUAAAGCAUGCAAGAAGGGUGAAGUCCGAGUAAACAGGGUUUUGAUUGAUACUAUGGGAGAAGGGGAUGCCGGAAAGUCAUGUCUCGGAGAUUUAAUGAUGAACAAACCAUUUGUUGAAAGUCAGAAAAGCACGGAUGGAGUGAAGGUGAGGAUGAUGAUCUCACAAGCAGUUGGACAUGGUACAGACUGGGAAGAAUUGAAAACAGAAGAGGAAAGGCAGGCACAUCUGAGCAAGCUGUUUGCAAGAGAAUACGUUCUUCAUAGCAGUGACCAACAAUCCGCACAAUCAGACAAGCAAGAUGAAAACCCAGAAGCUAGUCAAACAACUGCAAUUGUAAAUUCUGAUCUUGAUAUGAUGGAAGAGACUGCUAGAGGGCAGAACUCUGUUGACAUGAUGUCACACUCCGACGAUAUUCACAACAAUACAGUAGGAUAUGAGGAUUUAAAGUUGCCAUAAAAUUGGACUGAGACAUAGACAUGGCCAUUUCUGUUCUGGAGAAGAAUAAGGAGGAGCUCCACAAAUUAGAAGAAAUGAUCUAUGUAACGAUGAUGGAUAGAGGAGGUCAAGACCAGUUACUCUCCACACACGCUGCACUGAUGGCUGAUAAUGAUUAUCAAUCAGCAGUUUGUCUGUUGGUUAUGGAUGGCUCAAAUCCAUUGGAUGAGAAGGUGACCACAUCCAAAUUUCGUCUUGCAGAUGGAACUUUCAUUGAGAAACCACGUGAUGUGGCCACUACAAGAGCUGACAUCAUUCGGCAUUGCUUUACUGCUGGAAGAAUGCGCAAUAAGUUUUUUGGCAAAGGCCGGGUCAAGAGGACGCCAGCAAUGUUUAUGGUUACUUAGAACAAAAGGGAGAAGUAGUUUUAUGGCAAAGCAGGAGCAAAUUGUUCAAGAAAUCAUUUCUGAAGAGAAGUUUGGUGAUCACAUUGUACCGUUUAGUGAAGUUCCUUAUGAGGUGCUGCUCCAUGUAGACAACACAAAGUCAGGGACAGGCAGCCCUGAUCCAGCAAUUGUCCUCAUCAAGAGAAGAUUCCAUUACCGUGGGCUGUGCUUGAUAAGGGUCUGGGUCUUCUGAGAAUAAAACAUCACAAAGUUCUAGAUAUUAAUGAUGUCUACGAACU